AUGCCUCACAUGCUGUCCCGAUCUGGCGGAAUCCAGCUAACUGAGUCGCGACAGGCUUUCGAAAACACCUCUACCAAUGUUGCCGCUGCUCAGAUGCGCAAUGCCCUCACCAACCUCGCUGAAACCGUCGAGGACCCUAACGACAAGAAGCUGUUUGAGACUGAAAUGGACAACUUCUUUGCUCUUUUCCGCCGCUACUUGAACGACAAGGCCAAGGGUAAUGCCGUUGACUGGGAUCGCAUUGCCCCCCCGGCCCAGGGCCAGGUCGUUGACUACGAGGAUCUCGCAAACUCAGAGUCUGUCAAUUUCCUUAACAAGCUCGCUGUCUUGAAACUCAAUGGUGGCUUGGGUACCUCUAUGGGCUGUGUCGGCCCCAAGUCCGUCAUUGAGGUCCGUGACGGCAUGUCCUUCCUCGACCUUUCCGUGCGCCAGAUCGAGUUCUUGAACCGUACCUACGGUGUCAACGUUCCCUUCAUCCUCAUGAACUCGUUCAACACCAACGACGAUACUGCCGCCAUCAUCAAGAAGUACGAGGGUCACAAUGUCGAUAUCCUCACCUUUAACCAGUCUCGAUACCCCCGAAUCUACAAGGACUCGCUAUUGCCAGUCCCCAAGGACUUCAACUCUCCCAUCUCCGAGUGGUACCCUCCCGGCCACGGUGACGUCUUCGAGUCUUUGUACAACUCUGGCAUUCUCGAGAAGUUGCUCGAGCGUGGCAUCGAGAUUGUUUUCCUGUCCAACGUUGACAACCUGGGUGCCGUCGUUGACCUGCGCAUUCUCCAGCACAUGGUUGAGACCAAGGCCGAGUACAUUAUGGAGCUGACCAACAAGACCAAGGCUGACGUCAAGGGUGGUACCAUUAUUGACUACGAGGGGUCCGUCCGCCUGCUUGAAAUUGCUCAGGUCCCCAAGGAGCACGUCAACGAGUUCAAGUCCAUCAAAAAGUUCAAGUACUUCAACACCAACAACAUCUGGCUCAAUCUCAAGGCUAUCAAACGUGUAGUUGAGAACGAUGAGUUGGAGAUGGAGAUUAUCCCCAACGGCAAGACUAUCCCAGGAGACAAGAAGGGAGAGUCCGACAUUUCUAUUCUGCAGCUCGAGACGGCUGUUGGUGCUGCCAUUCGACACUUCAACAACGCCCACGGCGUGAAUGUUCCCCGCAGGCGCUUCUUGCCAGUCAAGACUUGCUCCGACCUGAUGCUCGUCAAGUCGGAUCUAUAUACCCUCAAGCACGGCCAGCUACAGAUGAGCGCCGCUCGAUUCGGUGACGCUCCCCUCAUCAAGCUCGGUGGCGACUUCAAGAAGGUUUCUGAUUUCCAGAAGCGUAUUCCCUCCAUCCCCAAGGUCCUCGAGCUUGACCACCUCACCAUUACUGGCGCUGUCAACCUGGGCCGUGGUGUUACCUUGAAGGGAACUGUCAUUAUUGUUGCUACCGAAGGUAGCACCAUCGACAUCCCCCCUGGUUCCAUCCUCGAGAAUGUUGUUGUUCAGGGUAGCUUGCGCUUGCUUGAGCACUAA